GUGUCGCCUUUGGUGGCUCCAUUCGAAGGCGACGGCGGUCGGCUUCGUUUCGAAACCAGGGACGAAUAACGGAGAAACGGCGGCGCAGAUCCGGCAAUCCAGCGUCGUGUCCAGGCUCUCGGGGACUGUUCAAUCCGCACGGACGGCUGGGAUGACGCGGCGUGCCGGGAAUCUGGAAAUAGCUCGGUGUUAGUUUGGAAGAAAAGAGUAAAGUCGGGUUUUUGAGGGAGCCAUUUUGUCCCUGUGACUGUGUGGGAGAAAGAAAGAGUGAGUUGGGGGGCAGUUAGGGGCACGAACGGGUCCAGAAAACACCCUCUCGAGAACGGUAACCUUAACUUGACGGACUCACCGGGAAGCCAGUCUGCUGAGGAGGAAAAGUCAAGCGGCUCUCGUCGUUAACGGGUUAGCGAACAGUUAACCUAACGGUCCGGUACGGAAAGCUAGCCUAGCCUAGCUUAGCAUAGCCUAGCCUAGCCUAGCCUAGCCUGGAAAACACCGAGAUUCGCGGCCGCUUCGCCUCCCGGCGCUCGUCCUUCCCCGCCUGCGUUACUCUCACCAGUCUUUCCGAAAGCCAACGAUGGCGAAGAAGACGUACGACCUGCUCUUUAAGCUUCUCCUGAUCGGAGACUCCGGUGUGGGGAAGACCUGCGUGCUGUUCCGCUUCUCAGACGACGCCUUCAACACCACCUUCAUCUCCACCAUAGGAAUCGAUUUUAAGAUCAAAACAGUUGAAUUGCAAGGAAAGAAGAUAAAACUACAGAUAUGGGACACAGCGGGGCAGGAGCGGUUCCACACCAUCACCACCUCCUACUACAGAGGAGCCAUGGGCAUCAUGCUCGUGUACGACAUCAGCAACGCCAAGAGCUUUGAGAACAUCAGCAAGUGGCUCCGGAACAUCGACGAGCAUGCCAACGAGGACGUGGAGAGAAUGCUGCUAGGCAACAAGUGUGAUAUGGAGGACAAACGGAUCGUACCAAAGGCUAAAGGAGAACAGAUUGCCAGAGAACACGCAAUCCGCUUCUUUGAGACGAGCGCGAAAGCCAACAUCAACAUCGAGAAGGCGUUCCUCACGUUAGCAGAAGACAUCCUCAAAAAGACACCUGUAAAAGAGCCCAACAGUGAAAAUGUCGACAUUAGCACCGGAGGCGGAGUCACGGGAUGGAAAACCAAGUGUUGCAGUUGAACAGUGUCUGUCUGUGUCUCUCUCUCCCUCAACCUCUCUCUCUCUCCCUCUCCCUCUCUUUCACACUCACUCACUCACUCACUCACAAAUGCACACACAUGCCCACUUAUACAGAACCUCUCUCUCUCUCUCUCUCUCUCUCUCGGUCUCUCUCACUCUGUUUCUGUCUCUCUCUCUCUCUGUCUCUGUCUCUCUGUCUCUGUCUCUCUCUCUCUCGCUCUGUCUCUGUCUCACCCACUCAUCUCCCCCCACUUUGUGUCUAACUCUUCCUCCCGUCACUCUGCAGUCUCACCAUCCCCCUCUCUCCCUCUCUAACCUCCUUCUCUUGUUCUUCCACUCACAUCUGCUUGCUGACGAUAUAAUUUUUAUUUCUGACAAAAAAAAAAUGUAUAGAUAAAAAGAGAAAUCAUGUCAUGUUUCUUGUCAUUUAUUUUAAAGGUUUGAAAUAAGAAAGGAAAGAAAACAUUUCACCACUACAUUUUAAAAUAAACGAUGAAAUCUGAACGAACGGGGUUCGAAAAGCGCCCGCUGGACCUUUUGAAGACCCUGUUCCGUUGGUGUGAAGGUGAAAUUAGCUGACUAACCCAAACAGGCAUGAACGUUUGAGCCCGUUGUUGUUUAUUAUUAUUAUUAUUAUUAUUAUUAAUUUGUUUUGUACAGUCUCGGGGUCGGUGGUUGGGAUAUUCUGUGUGUAGCUCUAUGGUUAGUGAGCUUUGUCUAUCUGGGGUUCUUUCUUUUGUUUAUGUUUUCAUUUCAUUUUUUCUUUUCUUUCUUUCGUCCGGUGCCUUAACGUGGAGCCGAAAGGCUUGAACUCCCGUUCACCCCGAGCCCCAACACCUCGCAACACGCACACACUCCCAAAAAUCACCUCAUUAACUGUUACACCUGCGCCCCACCACGAACUCACAGAGGAGCCCCCGACUCUCCAGUACAGACGCGUUUGAACCGAAGAGAAUUGGCAUUCGUGUUUUUUUUCUUUUACCAUGAUUUAUUUCACAUUUAUGAUGUUUUGUUUUUCUGCCGCACCCCUUCCCGUUCUCUCCGUCUCUCCCCCCAGUCCUGCAUGCCAUUUUUCUUUGGUUUUGGACUUUUAUUUUGUAAGCUGGUGCGCAGCGAAGCGAAGCGGCUGCUCACUGCUCAUGCUCAGUUCUGGGGGGGAGGGGUUGUAGUUCUCUUUGGAAAUUGAAACAGUUUUGCAGAUCCAUUAAAAUAAGCUUGUAUAAGUUGAA